AUGUCGUCAUCAUCAUCACGAUUGAAUAGUAUUUCGUUUUCUUCAAAACAUUCAAUUAUUUCAUUAAGUAAUUUCGAUACAAUAUCAUCUCAUAACAAUAAGCAAUUCGUUUCUUAUAAUAAUAAUAAUAAUAAUAAAAUUUUUUACAAUGAAAAACAACCACCAAAUAUGACAACAUCAGACAUAAAAUUUGAUCGAACUAUUGAUCAAGCUAUUGAUUAUUUCGAACAAAUUCUUACACAAUGUGUUACACCAUCAAAUACAUCACUUAUCAAAGAUAAUGAACAACAAGAUCGUAAAAAUGAUAUAAAAUUAAAAAUUGAAACUAAAAAACGUGAUUGUGAAGAAUUUUUAAAUUCAUUAAAUAAAACAACAAACUUUAAAAUGAAACAACGUAAUCAAAAAAUUGAUUGUCGUAAAUGGUGUGACGAACAAAAUCAACGAAUUACAAAAUCUUAUAAUUUAAUCGAUGAUAAUAAUAAUAGAAAAUAUCGUUCAAAAAAUCGAAAUAUCUAUGGAUCAAUAUUCUAUUGUCGCAAAGCUCUUUUACAAAAAUCUGAUGGAAUCACUUAUAUUUGUAUUCGAAAACGAUUUAAUUAA